UUAUUAGUUUGACGUUUGUUUCAUUCCGGUGAUCGGCUAAAGUGAAACAAUAACUUGUUUUUUGUUGGCUUACUUAUAACAUUGUUGUUCCUAUUAAAAUGAAUUUAGAACCGAUUAACAAUGCUUUAUCUCAUUUGCGAGUUUUACGAUCCAGCGUUGGUCAAGUUUUUGAAUCCCUUGGAAAUGGUGUCCGAGCAGAACACGGCGAAGAAGGCAAAGAGCAAAAGUUUCUGCACGAAUUGCAAGAGCAUCUGAAUGCCGUAAAUUCAAAUCUCAGAGAAUUCGAGGUAUGCAUCAAUGAUCUUACGCCGCCGCAGGCUCCUUUUAAUCUGGCCAACACAGCGUAUCUCUCGCUGGAAACUAACCUUGAACGACAGGCCCUGUACCCACAUCUAGUACAAAGCUACAAGUGGCAUGAUAAACUGCACGAGUACAGCACCUUUGCCUCAACGCUGCUGCAGCAAAAUACUCUCAAACGAUCCUAUUAUGGCAACACCAAGCGGCGAAGGUCUCUACCUUCUAGCCAUCUCGCUACCCCGCAAACGGUGGAUAACCUCAUUGGUGGUAUUCACUUUAACAACAUGAACCUAAAAAUCGUUCGUCCCUCGAUGACGAACGCAAUCUUGCACAUUACAAUAGCGCGCGUGUUACGAGCGGCCGUCAUUUUGAAGGGGUUACUUAUCGAGUGGGUCACCGUGAAGGGUUACGACGAGUCCCUGCUGGACGGAGUCGAUGAACACUGGACCGAAUCGCGCCACCAGGUUUUCCGGAAGGUGCAGGACCAUGCUCAUUCGGCCAUGUUGCACUUCUUUUCACCAACUUUGCCUGAGCUGGCGAUUCGUAGCUUCAUUACUUGGUUCCGCAGUUAUGUGACACUGUUUGCUGAUCCGUGCAAAAAGUGCGGCAAGCAUUUGCAUAAUACUCUGCCACCCACGUGGAGAGAUCUGCGAACCUUGGAGCCUUUUCACGAGGAGUGCAAACAGUAAUACUUGGUUCAUAAACACGUAAGUUUACAUACUAAAUUAAAAAUGAAUAAAAUCAUCAAA